CUAGUCUUCGACCAGUGGCCCGAUAUGUUGUGUUGCAUCCACACUUCGAAGUUAUUCGAACAAAUCCAAAGGGGUUAGGUAUAGAUCCGGCCCCCGGGUCGUUGAUGGAUUCAAACCUCAGGCCCACCCGUACUUCAUCCAUCUGUCUUCUGUCUUCUCGCCAUCUUUUAAUAUGUCUGCACAAGGUGUCUACUAUAAUAUCGAGCUUGUCCAAUUUUGGCGAGGCCGGAACGAGCACGGACUGGUCAAUUCCCUUCACUGGGCGAUCCAUAUUCCAACCAGUCGUGGCAUCGGGAACACAUAUCACAAGCACGGAUACCUACACCACCAUAGAAGACUAUAGAAGUCAAAACGCAAACCCAGGUGCCUGGCGCGGAAGCUACACCGUUGGAAUAGUAGCUGCGCACCGGCUCGACCAGUUCGAAAGGGAAUUCGCAAGAAUUCCUAUCAUGCGGAACGACCCCGGAUGGGACUUCCAGAACUGGGUGCUCGACGCUCUCAGAUCUCCGCCAUGUCCAACACAAAUUGACAUCAACUGGAAGAUUUACCUUUGGAUGCUGCAAGCGCAAAUUACUCCUUGGUGGAGGAUUUGGAAUACAGAUCAAGAGAACACGAGGGAAUCCAUUGAAGGAAUCAAAAGAGACUCGUUGAUCGCACGAACUUCGCCUUGCGACGCAAGCAAGAGCUGCAGCCGUACACCGAUUAAUAGUACAUCAUAUUUGAAACUAGAUAAAAGAAAAUACUAGAGGAUAUAACGGCGAUGAGUAGUAGUAUCACAGCAAGCGGAAAACACAACACGAUCCC